AAGGAUAACGCCCAUUUCCUGUCUAAACCGGUAGUGGUAUUGCUGCAACAACAAACGAUGCGUUUAACCCCACCAAAACAAUAAAAAGGCGACGAGUAGAAUACUUCGAAUGGUAACAGAAGAAUUGAAAUAAUCCAAGUCUUAAUCCAGAAGCAAUACGAGUCCAACAACAUGCUGUCGGACGCAGACUACCCCGGCAACGGCUCUGGGGCACGGCGAGCCAAGAGAAAGAGCUCUGGGGAGUCUCCAGGCGACAGCCAGGCCCUGCGAUCAUCCGGGAGGCAAACUAACGUCCGGGUGAAACGGGCCAAUAAUCCUCCACCUGGACAGAGCAAAAGAAAAGCGACGGACACCGAAGAGGAAGACGACCAGUCAGAGAAGAAAUACAGGAAGUGUGAGAAGGCAGGGUGCUCGGCCACGUAUCCCGUCUGUUUUGCAAGCGCUUCUGAAAGGUGUGCGAAAAAUGGAUAUACGUCACGCUGGUACCAUCUGUCCUGCGGCGAGCACUUUUGCAACGAGUGCUUCGAUCAUUACUACCGAAGUCACAAAGACGGCUACGAUAUUUUUUCCGCCUGGAAAAAAGCGUGGACGAGUAACGGCAAAAGCGAGCCUAGCCUCAAAGCCUUCAUGGCGGACCAGCAGCUUCCCUAUUGGGUGCAGUGCACCCAACCCGACUGCAGGAAGUGGCGCCAGCUGACUAAGGAGAUCCAGCUUACCUCCUCACUGGCAGCCAUGUACCGCUGCGGGAUGAAGAUCAAUAAUGUCAAGAGCGAAGGCCCCGACCAGUGCUCCCAGCCAGAAGACCUGAGAGUGGCGGAGGUGACGGACAGCUGGUGGCACUCGAUGCUCAUUUUGCCGCCGUUGUUCAAAGACAGCCCGGCCACGCCCUUCCUGGCCGCCUACUAUCCCGACUGCGUGGGGAUGAGUCCUUCCGGUUCUCCCGGCGGCGCCUCGCUGAGCGAGCUGAAGGCCGACCACUGCAGAGCCGCCCAGCCCCAAAGUACAUAUGCGCGGACAUUGUCGUCAUUGGCUUCCUCUGAGUCGUCUGCGGUGACCUUUGCCCUCUGCUCAGUCGCAGGCUUGUGUCCGUACUUCCAGCCUUUCUACCAGCCCAACGAGUGCGGCAAGGCUCUGUGCGUCAGGCCCGACAUGAUGGAACUGGACGAGCUUUACGAAUUCCCCGAGUUCUCCCGCGAUCCCACCAUGUAUUUGGCGCUGCGUAAUCUCAUUUUGGCCUCCUGGCACAAAAACUGCAAGGAGGUGCUGACGGUACAGAAGUGCGUCCUCCACGUGGUGGUGCGCGGGCUGGUACGUGUGAGCUGUGUGCAGGAGAUGGAGCGCGUCCUCCAUUUCAUGACCCGCAAGGGCCUUAUCAACACAGGGGUGCUGGCGGUCCAGCGCCCUCUGCUGCCCGAGAAGUAUCGUGCGGAGAACGUCAUCGUGAUCGGCGCGGGGGCCUCGGGGCUCGCCGCCGCUCGCCAGCUGCACAACUUUGGCACGCAGGUGUUGGUGUUGGAGGCCCGUGAGAGAAUCGGAGGUCGCGUGUGGGACGACACGACGCUGGGCGUCGUCGUGGGUCGGGGCGCUCAGAUCGUCAACGGUUGCGUGAAUAACCCGGUCGCUCUGAUGUGCGAGCAGAUGGGCGUCGGCAUGCACAAACUGGGCGAGCGCUGCGAGCUGUUUCAGGAGGGCGGGCUGGCCACCGAUCCAGCCAUCGACAAGCGCAUGGAGUUCCACUUCAACGCCAUUCUAGACGUGGUGGCCGAGUGGAGGAAAGACAAAUCGCAAAGCCAAGACAUGCCGCUCGGAGAAAAAGUGCAGGAGCUUAAAAAAAACUUUCUUCAGGAGUCUGGCAUCCAAUUCAGUGAGUUGGAGGAAAAAGUGCUUCAGUUCCACCUCAGCAACCUGGAGUACGCCUGCGGUAGCUCUUUAAACCAGGUUUCCGCCAGAUCGUGGGAUCACAACGAAUUCUUCGCGCAGUUCUCGGGAGACCACACGCUGCUCACCAAAGGCUACGGCACGCUGCUCCAAAAACUAGCCGAAGGCUUGGACAUCCGCAAAAACUGCCCGGUGAAGACCAUUGACUACUCAGGCGAUUUUGUCCGAGUGACUUGCUCCAAUGGAUCCCAGUGGACAGCAAAGAAGGUUCUGGUUACAGUGCCGCUGACCUUGCUGCAAAAGAAUUUUAUCCAGUUUGUCCCACCGCUUCCCGAGAGGAAAGUCAAAGCCAUCCACAGUCUGGGAGCAGGCAUCAUAGAGAAGAUCGCCCUGAAGUUCCCGUACAGAUUCUGGGACAACAAGGUCCAAGGAGCCGACUACUUUGGUCACAUCCCGCCCACUCCCGACAAGCGAGGCAUGUUCACUGUCUUCUACGACAUGGACCCACAGGGAAAGCAGGCCGUGCUCAUGUCCGUCAUCGCCGGGGAUGCCGUCGCCGCCGUGCUGGACAUGCAGGACAUGGAUGUAGCGGGCGAGUGCAUGAAAGUUCUGCGAGAACUUUUCAAGGAGCAGGAGGUUCCAGAGCCUCUGCAUUUCUUGGUUACACACUGGAGCAAAGAUACCUGGUCGCAAAUGUCCUACAGCUUCGUGAAGAUGGGCGGAAGCGGCGAGGCCUAUGAUAUCAUCGCCGAGGACAUUCAGGGGAAAUUGUUCUUCGCCGGCGAGGCCACCAACCGACACUUCCCUCAAACCGUGACCGGCGCCUACCUGAGCGGGGUCCGAGAGGCCAGCAAGAUGGCCGCUCCCUGAGAGUCCACGGAGCAUUGGUAACACGCCGGCAUGGACGCACGGGCUGAAACACCACCAAAUUGUGAUUAACACACUCACACACAUGCGUUCACACACUUGAACCACUAAAGGGCUUCGGCGAAACUUUGCUGCUCAAUCACAACAUUUUGUGGAAAAAAAAAUACUUGGACCUGCUUGACUGGAAGCUUCUGAGAACCAGACAUGGCUUAAUUUCCCAUUAACCAGCAAGGCUGACUCGAGUGGUUAAAAAAAAAUCUCCUUUUGUGUGUGUUUUAUACGGCUCGUAUUGUGAUUGUGCCUGUAAAACAUUUUAUGUGAUGUCAGGAGUAUGUCUGUUCUACCACUUUUUGUUGAUGCUUAUUUUUUUUGUAACAAACUCUACUUUCUCAGGGAUGACAUCAGGACAAGCAGUUAAAACGAAAACCAUGUUAUCCGUUACGUAUUUGUCCCUGAAUUUAUAGUUGGUCAACUGCACAAGAGUAUUGUCGCCAUCUCUGACGUCUCUGGUGUUCUCUUUUUUUUUUUUUUUUUUCCCAUUUUGGCGCUUAGUAUUUAUCUGCUUUGCUGUGUGUUUGUGUGUAAUAAAUUGUGCUGCAAACUGC